AUGAUCACCGUAUUCACAAACCUCCUGCUGUCGCUGUGUGCGGCUCUCGUUGCCUAUGGCUUGUGGAAAGUGAUAUACAUCGUCAUCAUUGGCCCCUACAAGUCCCCGUUGCGUGAUCUGUCAGGGCCGCCCAAUCCAAGCUGGAUCUCUGGAAACAUGCUGCAGAUCCUCAAAGCAGAUCAUUCUGUACUCCACGAAGCUUGGACCGAGAAAUAUGGACCUACAAUCAAGUACAAGGGGUGGCUCAACCGCGACAGGCUCUACACCUUGGAUACAAGGGCAUUGAAUCAUGUCCUCAGCCAUUCUAUGGAUUAUCAGAAACCUUGGCUGGCCCGAUACAGUUUGGGCCAGAUCCUAGGCGAAGGUCUUCUAGUGGUAGAAGGCGAACAGCACCAUCAGCAGAGGAGAAUCAUGAACCCUGCAUUCGGACCUGCCCAAAUACGGGAGUUGACCGAGAUCUUCAUUGAGAAAGCCAUGCAACUUCGCGACGUAUGGAGUGCGAAGAUAGCGGAGCAUAGCGCGCCAAUGCGUAUAGAUGUCCUCAACGGGCUCAGCAAGAUGACGCUCGAUGUCAUAGGGUUGGCUGGCUUCAACUAUCACUUCGAUGCUCUAAACACUGAAGGCAAAGGCAACGAACUGAACCAGGCCUUCGAGGUCUUGUUCCGAUCGCUCACGGGCCCAUCCCUAAUUGUCACUCUGAAGGCAUUGUUUCCGCCUCUCCGUCUCAUCCCUGAUAGACGGUCGUCACGAAUGGCUGCCGCUCAGAAGGUGAUGAAACGCAUUGGUAUGCAACUUAUUGCGGAGAGGAAGGCGGAGAUCGCGAAGGCUAUUCAGUCCGGCCAGAAAGAGAAUGACACUGGUUUGCAAGGGCGAGACUUACUGACCUUGUUGAUCAAGGCGAAUAUGGCGACCGAUCUACCGGAGAGCCAGAGGCUCUCAGAUGAGGACGUGCUGGCCCAGGUGCCGACCUUCCUGGUCGCAGGACAUGAGACGACAAGCAACGCGACGAUGUGGUGUCUAUUUGCUCUCACGCAAGCUCCCGAGGUUCAAGAGAAGCUGCGCGAGGAGCUGUGGAACGUGCCUACCGACAACCCCACCAUGGACGAACUGAACGAACUCCCGUACCUCGACGCCGUCGUACGCGAGACGAUGCGUGUACAUGCUCCGGUUCCCAACACCAUCCGUAUCGCGGUCAAAGAGGACGUCAUCCCGCUUAAUACUCCGUACGCCGACAUCCAUGGAGAGCUGCACGACAGCAUCAGGGUAACCAAGGACACCCCAAUUUUCAUCCCCAUCCUCGCAAUAAACAGAUCCAAGGCAUUGUGGGGUGAGGACGCAUUUGAAUUCAAGCCAGAACGAUGGGCGUCCAUCCCCGAAGCUGUGCAGAACAUUCCGGGCGUGUGGGGAAACAUGAUGAGUUUCCUCGGCGGCCCACGCUCGUGCAUCGGCUACCGCUUCUCCCUCGUCGAGAUGAAAGCGUUGAUCUUCACGCUCGUGCGUGCGUUCGAGUUCGAGCUGGCCGUGCCCGCGAGCGAUAUCAUCAAAAAGUCAGCGGUGGUGCAGCGGCCGCUCGUGCGCAGCGAGAAGGAGAAGGGCGCUCAGAUGCCGCUGUUGAUCAAGCCGUACCGACGCGCUUGA